AUGGAUCGUCGGCAUGGGCCGACGUGCUGUUCAAACAAUGCCAUAACGGGAUGGAGCUGCUUUAAUGCCUUACCAGAACAUAUUAUCAAAAAGUCGACCACCCGUGGUGGAGGAGACGUUGGCGCAAUCGUUUCGAUCCGCAAAGGUCAAAGAAGGAAUUCGCGCGGUCCGGCAAGCUUGCGACACUACUCUAAGGAGGUUCCACUGCGCAAAGGGUUACCGAUCUCAGCUGCGCUGGAGCAGACAUCUGAGCUGGAGUCCCUGCUGUACAAGCAAGAGGGCGCUUCCCUUGCGCCCGCCCACAUGGACCUAUUCGACGGUGGAACUACUUCGCGCGACGAUGCUUUCCUCCGACCCGCCCUCUGGGAGGACAUCGCGUCUUCCAUCAGGAAUAUCGAUCCUGAGAAUGCAAACAUGCUUGCUCCAUUGGGAGCCACCCACGUCAAGCUCGAAGCUGAUGAUGCGCUCCUUGAAGAAUGCGCUACACCUUUACUCAGUCCGCUGGAGAUCAAGACGGAAAGGCUCUGUGCACCACCAACCUAUGCCCAUCCUCAGCCUCUUCAUCAUCAACCACAGCAGCAGCCAGCAACGUCUUUUUCAAAAUACCCCCAGUCGAGGCUUGUAUACAUGUCUCCCCUAACACCACCCGGGUCUGAUCAGGGAAGCCCAGGAAACUCUAUGCAGGGUGGACCGCGUCGCACUCCGCCGCCGCCGUACCACCCUCCGCCACUACUUCGUGCACCACAUGUACCACAGCAUCCAUUACCUCAAACCCACCAUCAUCCCCAGGCGAUGCCGCAGUCCCUACAAAUGGCACCGCAAGCGGCGCCGGCGCCGCAUCCGCACGUGACUGCCCACCCGCGCCUAGCCCCGCCCUCCGUUAAAUACAAUCGACGGAAUAAUCCUGAACUCGAAAAAAGAAGGGUCCAUCAUUGUGAUUUUAUAGGUUGCACCAAGGUUUAUACGAAAAGUUCGCACCUAAAAGCUCACCAGAGGAUACAUACAGGUGGAGUAUUUAUUGUUACCAUUUUCAACACUAAAUGCGCUGCGAAUAUUAAAAUUACGCUGCAUAUGCGA